AUGACGGCGGUCUACGGCGGUGAUACGAGCUGGUUCCAACGCAUGGUGCAAGCCGCAUCUCUCGUCUCCAUGAUGGAGCCACCACAGAAGAAAAGGAAGACGAUGCCAGACCCUCUGGUCGCAGUACGACUGAUGAUGAGGGAGUUAACGACCGUACUCAGCACCCCUCCGAGCCCCCCUCGCAUCAGCCAUUCCGAAGUCUGGGCGGCUAUCGCAGCCUAUGACGAGCGAGCGAAGACCGUAUCUUCUUCACGCGCAGCCUACCAAGGGCGACCAGCCGCGCCAUUGGAUGAUACACUGCCAGCAUAUCAUGACCCCACUGCCUCAAUUCAAAGGGCGAGAGUCUGUGGUGAGAGCUGGCCGCAUGACAACUCGACGACUUCCUCAGCCGGUACUUUGCAGACGACCAUAUUUUCACCGGGACCAAAAGAGUCAAUCCUAUCUGCACCAGAAGACCCUGCCCUGAACAUACUUGGUAGGGGUGCCGUGGACGAUAACCUCCAGGAUACAAGCGGCGCCUACCUCGCCGAUGCUGUGGAAGAGAACCGCGCGGAAGAAGACGUGAUGAUGGACGACCCACAAACACUCAACUCUCGCCCAAAGCUAGCUAUUCCGAACAAACUGGAAUUGAAGGCUAGAGAGCUUGGAGAAGAUGGCCUACCGCUCGUACUGCACGACCCACUCGCCCUCUUCGCCGUCCAUCUUCGAGCGAGCUCCGGCAAUCAAGCCAACCUCACGCGGCAGCCGCCUGGACCGACCGAAUUGACCCCUACGUCAGAGCAAUCACGGUCGAGGAGCUCCUCAGUAGCGAGCGACGAUACCGCCAUUGAGUUCUCCGAGUUCGAUCCCAGCAGCUUCGACUUCAAGAGCGCCACCCUCCCACCAGGGCUGAAAUGGGUGGCACCGCACCUCCGUCUUGCAUUCCGCGAAGACCGAGAGGAUGAAUAA